UUUUUUAUCUGGCAAUACUUAAAUAACGCUAGAAAAGAAUUGUUUGGCGCCUUUACGGGGCCGGUUGGAUUAUUUUAAUAAAUUCGCUUUAAAAUUGCGAAAUAAAGUUCGCAAAUAACGUUGAUAUGGGUGAUAAAGGAGACGGAGAAACGUUCGAUGAUGCGGUUGAAGAGAGGGUCAUUAACGAGGAGUACAAAAUAUGGAAGAAGAACACCCCAUUCUUGUAUGACCUGGUCAUGACACACGCACUGGAAUGGCCUUCUUUGACCGCCCAGUGGCUCCCAGAUGUCACUAGGCCUGAAGGAAAAGACUAUUCUGUUCACAGACUUAUUUUGGGCACACACACAUCUGAUGAACAAAAUCACCUAUUAAUUGCAAGUGUUCAGCUUCCAAAUGAAGAUGCACAGUUUGAUGCGAGCCACUAUGAUAAUGAUAAGGGUGAAUUUGGUGGUUUCGGCUCUGUCUCUGGCAAAAUAGACAUAGAGAUUAAAAUAAAUCAUGAAGGUGAAGUGAACCGUGCGCGCUACAUGCCACAAAACCCAUGCGUCAUCGCUACUAAGACUCCCUCCUCCGAUGUUCUGGUGUUUGACUACACUAAGCAUCCCUCCAAACCUGAACCAUCUGGUGAAUGCACUCCUGAUCUCAGAUUGCGUGGCCACCAAAAAGAAGGCUAUGGCUUAUCAUGGAACCCUAAUAUGAAUGGCUAUCUUCUCUCAGCUAGUGAUGACCACACAAUCUGCCUGUGGGACAUAAAUGCAACCCCUAAGGAGGGCCGCGUGAUUGAAGCCAAGUCUGUGUUCACGGGACACACUGCGGUGGUCGAGGACGUAGCGUGGCACUUACUGCACGAGUCACUCUUCGGAUCAGUGGCUGAUGACCAGAAACUGAUGAUUUGGGACACUAGGUGUAACAACACGUCGAAGCCGUCGCAUACAGUGGACGCGCACACGGCGGAGGUUAACUGUCUCAGCUUCAACCCUUAUUCUGAGUUCAUCCUGGCCACCGGCAGUGCUGACAAGACGGUAGCGCUGUGGGACCUUCGCAACUUGAAGCUGAAGCUGCACUCGUUCGAAUCGCACAAAGACGAGAUCUUCCAGGUGCAGUGGUCGCCGCACAAUGAAACCAUCCUGGCGAGCAGCGGGACCGACAGACGGUUACAUGUAUGGGACCUGUCGAAGAUCGGCGAGGAACAGACAGCAGAGGACGCGGAGGAUGGUCCUCCAGAACUACUGUUCAUCCACGGAGGUCACACCGCCAAGAUAUCAGACUUUUCCUGGAACCCCAAUGAACCCUGGGUCAUCUGCUCCGUCUCAGAGGACAACAUCAUGCAGGUGUGGCAAAUGGCUGAAAACAUCUAUAAUGAUGAAGAGCCUGAGACGCCGGCCUCGGAGCUGGAGUCCGGCGUCAACGUCAAUCACGGAUAGGCCUCGGACCCCGGGUCCGCACCGGAGCCCUAGCACAAUACUGUACCAAGGGCCUGUUUCAGAACCGCCAGAUAAACUUUAUCUAAUGGAUCUAAAUAUUUUCACAGAUUCCCAAUACAAAAAUUGUCAUAACGUCAAAUUUAUUGGUUACAAGUCCGCCAUUUUGGAAAAAACCUCGUUUCGGCAGCCAGUGAUAAAACAUUUGUCAAUUGAUGAUAGACUCUUUAGUGAAUGAAAUGUCGUAAGUGACAUCCUGAGUUAUUUGAUCUAAAAUCGUAGAAAAAUAAAGCAUUUAGUAAUUAUUAAAGCUUCAUUCUUUCUAUGGUUUUAACCAUGGCCGCCGAAACUAGUCCAAUGGCGGUUGUGGGUAUACCAGGUACCAUUCAAAAAAUUUCAAACCAUUUUAUCUGCAGGUGGUGAAACAAGCCCAAAGUUUUAAUGAUUUCAAACUUAUUUCGUGGUUUAACGACAUGUUAUAUUGUAGAUAACACAUACCACGAUUAAUUUGUCGAUUUUGAUUUGUGGAUAUUUCGAAUCGGUUGUAUGAGGCGUGGUGACGACGCGACGGGGCCGCAAUGCUGCGAGAGAUGAAGUACAAAUUAAUCGUGGUAUGCACCCGUUAUCUACAAUAUUAUAUACUAUACUACAUCGAACUUAACUAUGGCCUCUGUUCGGUAGGUAUA